CGCCCCCAUCGAGUUCGUGUUUACUCCGCGCUGCGCUUUUCGGUUAGCUAGUUUAACUAACUGUGUUUUUUUUGCCGCGGGUGUGCAACAACAACAAGUGGAAACAGCUGUUCGAGUUCGCUAGGCGGCAGUAGAAUGAGCAGGGCAAGUGGUAAAUAACAAUACAAAGGCCCACGUUAACAAAAGUGAAAAACAAAAGCAAAUAGCAUAAAGCAUAAAGCAACAACUGCGGACGGGCGAGCAAAGGAAGCGAAAAGAAGAAGAGGAAGAGUUUGCGCAGUCACGUGUGCAGUCGACGUCGGCUGCGGCAGCGGCAGCGCCAGUGGCAGUGACAGCGGCAGCGGCAGAGGAAAAUUCCCAUGCGGAAAAUUCACAUUCGCAUUCGCGAACGAAAAAGGCACCAAAGGCGAGACGGCGAUGAUGGAGCUGACGAAGAGGGAGCGAAAGCCAGCAACAACCACUAGCAGCUGUUAGACGGGGACAGCCACACCGCGUCAAUGUCUGACGAAGUGCCUUUGGGUCGCCUAUCGCAAAUCUUCGAUACGCUAACCAAUCUCCAGCAGCACCAGCACUUGCGUUCCCAGGAGCAGCUGCAUCCGCAUCCGCAGCAGCAUCCGCAUCCGCACUCGCAGCUCCAGCCGGAGCCGCAGCUGUUGUCUGCGGAGAUCCGCAGGAGAUCCGCCUCCUCGUCGCCAUCGCCUUCGGCCAGUGCCUCCGCCUCGACUUCAGGGCGGGCCACGCCUUCGCUGGGCGUGGCCAGCCCCCUAAACUCAUUGCAAUACUACAGCCACGCCCACAACUACUUGCUGCGGCCGCAAGAAGUCGCCGCCAGCGGCUACCUGCACACCUUUCCCUCGCACUUCUACCACCACCAGGUGCACCACCUGCAACAGCACAGCCAGCCGCCCUCGCUGCCGACCCAAUUGGGGGGCGUGGCACGUGGAUCACAGUCGCUGCAGGGAUCUCCGCUGUUGGCCAAAAGAGCCACCUCCUUCAGUGGCCAAAUACCACUGGCCCAGGGACGUUUCACCACCGGCGGCACUGCAGCAGCAACUGGAGCCACUGGACUCACUGCAUCCACGCCGAAUAGUCCAAGGCUGCUGCCACGGCGUGGCACACGCCCACCGCCCAUCCCGGCCAAGCCGAAUCAGGUGAAGGCGGAGCAGCAGCCGCGGGAUGCGCUGCCCAGGAACUCGACUGCCACGUCGGUGCAGUCCACCGUGAAUCCCGUGCUGGCAGCUCUCGAUGCGCCGGAUGCCCCGUGGCCGCACUUCUCCACGCUCACCGAACAUCUGGACGUCCACCAGGUGAACAACUAUGGCCAGGCUCUGCCGCAGAUCAAUUGGCAGGAGCGGUGUCUGGAGCUGCAACUGGAGCUGCACAGGUCCAAGAAUCAGGCGGGUCGUAUACGCGAUAUGCUGCGGGAAAAGCUAACGGAGCUCGAACAACGCGUCAUUGAAGCGGAAGAACGCGCCGAGGAAGCCGAAGAUAAGGUGCGUGCCAUGGAGCAGCGGCUGAGUGAGUGGCCCAAGCCACCACCCCAACAAGCUCAGCAUCCGCAUCCGCACUCACACUCGCAUCCGCACCAGCCAAUCCCCAGUCAUCCGCAGGAGCAGCAGGCCAAGAACAACUGCUCGCCCAGCCAUCAGACAGGUGGAGGUGCGGCAGCAGGAGCAGCAGGAUCAGGCCAACCGCCCAUCCAGGAAACUGAGAAGACCAUCACGUCCCUGGAGAUCCAAGUGGAGGAGCAGAGACAACUGCGACUGCACGACGCGCGACAAAUCGAAGCCAAGGCGGCCAAGAUCAAGGAGUGGGUAAACAACAAGCUCCGCGAUCUCGAGGAGCAGAACCAGCUGCUGCGCGAGCAGAACGUCAAGUGCAAUCAGCAGUUGGAGUUGCUCAAGAAUCACAUAGCCAAUCAGUCCCAGCGGCACAGCAUUGUAGGUCCAGUGCGGAACAGCCUGAGCCUAGACGUCCAGGAUUUCACCGGGUCCGGUUCGAAUCCUGAGCACCGCAGGAGAAGCGAAAGCCUAGAUCCCCAGGAGAUCAUUGGCCGACCCUUGACCAGCUCAUAUCCCCAUCACCAGCACAGGAGAAACCUUUCGAUGGAGCCGCAGGAACUGGAACGCAAUCUGGUGGCUGCGGUAGACGGGCUAACCCUGGCACCACUGUCCAGCAUCUCCAGCAAAGCGCCCGGAGGAAUCUCCACUGAGUCUGGGCAAGUUACCAGGCCCGACAGCUCCGAUACAGAUACUGCCCAUGACUAUGCAGAGAUCUACACACCAUCCUGCGAGAAGCUGCCCGCCUGGAUGAAGAACAACCCGGCUCUCAUGGCUAGUGGUGGCAAUUCCAGUACCACCACAACCACCACCAGUGAGCUGGGUGUGCCACGGCCUCCGACGCCACCGCUGCAUCGGUUUCCCAGCUGGGAGGCGAAGAUCUACCAGGUGGCGAACGAUGGGCUGGCAGGUGCGGGAACGGGAACGGGAACGGGAACAAGUACCGCGGAGAGUACGGCCAGCCAGGAGCCAGAUAUUCAGGACGGCAUGGGCACCAAUCUCUCCAAUGGCCGGCGGCAUGGUCACAGUCAUGGAUCAGGAACUGCAACCGGCACUGGAACCGGAUCCGGAUCCGGAACCGGAACCGGUGAUGGACACGGUACCCUGGGCAGCACGCCGGGAACUCCGCUGCCACCGUCGCGGCAACAACAAACCGCCAGCGGCGGCUUCUGUGAUAUAUCCGUGCCCGUCUACGCAACCGUAAAGGGCCGAGCCUCGCAAAUCCGCUCGAUGCCAUUUACGGGCGAUUCGAGCGACGACUCCAGUGACGGGGAGGACCAUGCGGUUAUGCUCACCCACCACUCGCACAACUCCUCGAGCACGGACAACACGGAGACCUCCACCUCCGGCAGCGCGUCGAGCCCCUCGAAGAGCCUGAAGACUUCCUCGAGCCUGAGUCCGGCCAAGCGAAGUGGUUCGGAGAGUCCCAAGAACGCGAAGGCGCGUGUCCACACCCAAUCACGCACACCCGCCACGCUCUCCAGCCACAUUAACCAGCAUCUCCAACUAUCGCCACACCAACACCACCACCACCACACACUGUCCCACCAGAGUCAUAGCCACCAGCUACCAGGGGCCUUCUCGGUGACGCCGUCGAGUGGACAGUUGAGUCUGCCACGCUACCACGCCCACGCCCAUGCCCACGCCCAGGCCCACGCCCAUGCCCUUCAGCCCGGCAACUUCCCCACCCCUCUCCAGCACAUGCGAGGCACAGUAAUUUCAGAUCUCUCCUUUGAAUCAGGCCUCUCGGAUGACUAUGCCUUGCCCCCCGACGCCGUAUCAGAGUCCACGUGCAUGGAUGCCUCGAUGCCAUCGCUGCUUAUGCGUCAGUCCUACGUGGAUUCGCCCAGCAAGAAGAUCGAGUCGCUGGAGAAGAUGGGUCACCUGGCGAAGCUUGGUGGCAAGUUGAAGACUUGGCGCAAGCGCUGGUUUGUUUUGAAGAACGGCUCGCUUAACUACUGGAAGAGUCAGCACGACGUGCAGCGAAAGCCACAGGGUCAAAUCCAACUGGAUGAGGUCUGUCGAAUCAAUCGUGCGGAGGGAGCCUCCACCUUCGAGAUAGACACGGGCAAAAAGGUCUACUACCUCACCGCGGACUCGCACGCCACUAUGGACGACUGGAUCCGGGUGCUCCAAAACGUGCAACGAAGGAACGCCACCAAGCUGCUGCUCAGUCGCGACGACCAGAAGCCCACCGUGCAGGGCUGGGUGACCAAGGUGAAAAACGGCCAUCCCAAGAAGUGCUGGUGCGUGCUGUUGGGCAAGAUGUUUCUCUACUUCAAGGCUCCGGCCGAGACGAAUCCCCUUGGCCAGAUCAAUAUGCGAGAUGCCCGAGUUGAGGAGGUAGAACACGUCUCUGACUCCGAUUCCGAAGAGCGAGAGGACGCCGCCCAGGAUCAGGCUAGACUCACAGUUGCCAUCUAUCCAGCGCACCAGGGACCAACCUACCUGAUCCUCUCCGGCAAACCGGAGCGAGAUAACUGGCUCUAUCACCUAACUGUCGUGUCUGGCGGCGGCCCAAGUGCUGGCACACAGUACGAACAGCUUGUCCAGAAGCUCAUGGAGACCGACGGCGAUCCUAACUGUGUUCUGUGGCGCCAUCCCAUACUGCUGCACACCAAAGACACCAUCACGGCCCCGCUUUCCUCUAUGCACACGGAAACCAUGCAGCCGGAGGCCAUCAAGCUCUUCAAGAGCAUUCAGCUGUUUAUGUCGGUGGCGGUGAACCAGCCGGGCAUCGACUACCACGUGGUGCUCGCCCAGAAUGCCCUGCAACAUGCGUUGGAUAUGCCCGAGCUACAGACGGAAAUGAUCUGCAUCCUGAUCAAGCAGACCUCCCGCCACAUGGGCCAGAAGCUCAGUGUCGGCGUCCAGGUAAACAAGAAGCUGGGCAAGCAAACGCGCGCACCAUCCGCCACGCCCAUAAUCGACUGCAAGAGCAACCCGCCCGUGUACAGCUUUGUCCAGGGCUGGCAGCUCCUGGCACUGGCCGUAUCCCUCUUCGUGCCGCGUUCAAGCCGCCUCUUGUGGUACCUCAAGCUCCAUCUGUCCCGGAAUGCCGAUACCAAAACCGAGACGGGCAAGUAUGCCGCCUACUGUGAGCGUGCUCUGGAAAGGACCCUAAAGAAUGGCGGGCGCGAGACGAAGCCUUCGCGGAUGGAAGUGCUGUCGAUUCUGCUGAAGAAUCCCUACCACCACUCCUUGCCGCACGCCAUCCCGGUGCAUAUGAUGAACAGCACCUACCAGGUGGUUUCCUUCGAUGGAUCCACCACCAUCGAGGAGUUCCAGGCCACUUUGGCUCACGAACUGGGCACAAGGGAUGCAACCAACGGGUUUUGCCUGUUCAGCGACGAUCCUAUCGAGAAGGAUCUGGAGCACUACCUGGAACCGCUGGCCAAGUUGUGCGACGUGAUCAGCAAGUGGGAGACGGCGCUGCGGGAGAAGGGAUCAGGCAAGUUCGAGAACUCUCGGGUGAUUCAACUUAGCUACAAGAACCGUCUGUACUGGAAGCACACCAUCAAGUGCGAGACAGAUAAGGAGCGUUUGCUACUCUGCUAUCAGACCAAUUCCCAGAUUGUCCAGGGCAGAUUCCCCCUAUCCAGAGAGCUGGCCUUGGAGCUGGCCUCGCUAAUGUCUCAGAUCGACAUGGGCGACUAUUCGCUCGAGAAGUCAAGGGAUGUGGGUGUGGGCCUUAAGGGUCUGGACAAGUUCUAUCCGUACCGCUAUAGGGACGCCCUAGGUGCCGAGCAGCUGAAAGAUGUGCAGGAGCUGCUCGUCUCCAAGUGGAUGCUCCUCAAGGGCCGCUCGACCUUGGACUGUGUGCGCAUUUACCUCACCUGCUGCCGGAAGUGGCCGUACUUCGGAGCUUGCUUGUUCCAGGCGAAGCCCAGACAGAAUCCCGAAUCCAACGCCGCCUCGGGAGCCACCCCGGUGGCCUGGUUGGCUGUCGCAGAAGAUGCUCUUAAUGUCCUCGAGCUGUCCACAAUGGCUCCGGUCGCCAGGUAUCCCUAUAGCUCCGUUAUGACCUUUGGAGGCUGCCAGGAUGACUUCAUGCUAGUGGUUUCCCACGAUGACGGCGGAGGCUGUGAGCAAAAGCUACUCUUCGCAAUGAGCAAGCCGAAAAUAUUGGAAAUCACACUGCUGAUAGCAGACUACAUGAAUGCCCUGGGACACACGGUGCCCGGCACUCCGCAGAUGAACUCUCUCACCAGGAAUGGAUCGCAUCGCUCACUGAGAACCUCCCAACGGCCGACCUUGGGUGGUGGCUCAGCGGUGGCCACCGGCUUCUCUACAAAUGCCACCACAACGGCCCACAAUACGCUCAACUCGCAUGCGACACACACGCUUAACUCAAACCACUCGCACACGCUAAGCAGCUCCCAUCACGCCGGCGGCGGAAGUCAACCGGGCACUCUGAGCUCGGGUCAUCACCAGCACCACCAUAUCCAACAGCACCACCAGCCCGAUAUCCUGAAGAGCACGCCGGAUCACCAGCGGAUUAAAUAGAUCUGAGCACGAUUACAGAUCGAGGAUUACAGAAAAGAUAAUCAAAAAUGGAAGAGGAGCGAAGAGAGAGGAAUGGGAGCCAGCGAGUUCCAGCUAGAGGAUCACACAUUGUACAUAAACGUGGAAAAUCACAGCUAAACAGACAUAUACAACUAACAGAUACAUAUGCACCAGCCUAGUGGCUACCAGUAUGAAACUAAAGAUAGAACGAUAGAAAGAUAUAAAGAUAGACGGAUAGCGAUAGCGGUAGAAAUACGACUUAGCCUAAUCGGCCUGGGAUGGACCUUCUUCUCCUUGCGCACCACUCACUAAAGUUAUUUUCUAAGCUAACGACGGUACUCGUACUCUAAACCUACUUUGUAAACCGCAGCAGCAAGCAUAUAUAUAUGUACAUACAUAUAUAUAUAUAUUAUAUAUUAUUUUUUUGAAUAGUCCUAAGCCCAGCAUACCCGAAAAUGGAUGCGGUAUGUGAAGAAACGAAAACAGAACAAGAAUCUCAACGUUUAGAUUGUUCCUGUCCUAUUUAUUUGUAUUUUUUUUUGUUAGUUUAAACCAACAUACAAGCAACGGCAAUGCAAAACACACCUAUAUGAUAUGAAUUGAUAUGUUCGAGUGUUAUUGCUCUUCGAUGCUUUUUAAUGAAUCUCAAUUUGUAAUUGUCCCUCCAUGCGCGAAACUGCCUUCUGAAUUUGUAGAUGUCGGAGCCAAGAACGAGAGAAAUAUAAAUAUACAAACGAAGCCAAAAAAUGAAAACAAGCGAACUAGCAUUAGCAGAAACCAAUCGAGAAAAGCAAAUAUUUUUUAAAGAAUUUUUGAGCCUAGUGCAGGCAGGACGGCUAUCAACCAAGCAUCCCCAUCUAUAUCUAUACCUAAAUAGUUAUAGUUAUAGUUACGCCCCGCCCGACUUCUAUGGUUUCCGCUUCAACUCAAAUUUUAUAGAGCACGUAUUUAAUUUUCGAACGCGUUUUAGCCAAUUCAGUGUCAGAAAUCACAUGGGCAAAUGCCACUCACCAGAGCUUCAGCAGAAUACACGGAACCUAAUACACGGAAAUCAGAGAAGGCAACCCAACUCGGUAGAUCAUUACUUUGCCCAGUUUCGCUCCAGUUAGUUAUGGCAGACUUUGUCACACAACCCCACAAAAGCAUAUGCAUUCAUAUAGAGUUAUAGAGGGAGCGUAUAUAUGUAUUCGGAUUCGAUAUUUAACAAAAUUAUACACACCAAAUUACGAUAUAGCAGUGUAUAUGGCAACAGCGCAUUUUUUCCUAAUUGUAAAGAUUUGAUAUUACAAAUUUAUAUGCGCCGAGACGCAACGAAAACGGAAAUUUUGCGAGACGAGACGGGACGAGAUGAGGUGAGAAGAGACGUGAGGAUCGAGAAAUUCAUUGGGAAGAAUCGUAAUCGAAGGCUUGCAA